UUGACGCCUUUUUUCAGAUGUCCGGUGGAUCCUAUCCUUAUCACUGGGAUACGAUAUUCUUCAGACCUUCAGAGAGCUUACGCAGAAUCCUCAGUUUUCAAAUUCGCCGAUAAACCGGGCGUAUGGUUCUUCUGCCAGAUACAGAUGUGCAUGAAAAAGGCAGGAAUGUGUGCAGGAAUUACGCCGCCUUCUUGUGCCAGCACAGCUCCUCCAGUAGAACCUGGUGAACAAGAAGAGGAAAAGGUAUAUACUACGGAGGAAUAUCCGGAAUAUCCGGAGGAGAGUACAACGGGAGCCAGGCGACGAACAACAACGCCUCCGGACUAUUUCGAAGGAAGGAGAACCACGCCCGAAUAUGAGUAUCCCGAGGAUUCCAAGAAACUGCACAGGUGCUCCCUAUUUUGA